AUGGCCCUGCGGACGAAGCUGGAGCGGGCGCUGCAGGAGGCGCGUGCGGAGAUUGACAAGCUCAAGCAACACCACAAGCAGCAGUCGACGGCCACGGGCAACAAUGCAGCUGUGGACAUGCAGGUCGACGGUGCCCAUGAAGGUGGUCCGCCCGAGGAGGAGCAGCUGGCCGAGAAGGUCAAGCUCCUCGAGCAGAACCUCGCCAUCGCGAAGACGGGGUUUGGCUCGUGGGCGGAGGAGCAGCAGCGCGUGUUGGGUCAGCAGCUCGCCGAGGCGAAGCAGAAGUUGCUCAAUUCCAAGCCGCUCCACACGCAGGUGCACGCGUUGGCCAAUCGGGUCAAGACGGGUGCGGCGAAGACCGAGAAGGCGAAGGAGGCUCAUACUCGUGCGGUUGCGCAGCUUGAGCAGGCGCAGAAAAUGCUUUCAGACGCCAGCGCCCUGGUCGAGCAGUUGCAGCAGCGGCAGGUCGAGCUGGAGGGAGAGCUGGGGACGCUACAGAAGCAGCUCGGCAGAUCGGUCGAGGCGGCGGAUGGAUAUGAAGUCAUGCUGCCGUCCCUCGGCGUCUCCACCUCCGAGCUGGAGGCAAUCGUCGCGAAGCUCGCCGAGGGCGGCGGGCCCAACACUGAUGCGCAGAAGAGACUCGCCGAAGGGCUCGGAGGGCAAAUCAACGAGCUCAUCGCCGCCAAGAAGCCCAGGAUUUCAGCAGUGGCUGGGGAUGUUCCUCAUGCUGGCGGGCAUGCUUGUGGUGAAGGGCCUGAUGAGGAUGGUGCGUCUGUGUCCAAGUCGGAGUGGGAGCCAGACGACAUCCCCACUGCUGGCUUGAUUUAG